AUGCCGCACACGUUCUCCACGAGGGCAGUCUGCUUCACGCGCCGGCAGAAAAAGACCAAUCCAUCUGCGAAAAGUGCUAUGGCGAAGUUGCGCAAAGGAAAACGACCCCAACUGUCGUUAGCCAAUAAUAUGUGGAUCGGCGCAGUGCCCACCCAAUUGGCAGUCCUCAGCCUGGCCGAGCGGCUCCUCAUAUCGCUACAUUUUCCCGCGUGCUAUAUCAUCAAGCUAUAUGCGCGCAGUAUGGGCAAAAGUUCCAGCGCUGACGCCAUGAACCAGGGACUACGGGGAAAUGUGGCCUCUUACAAAUUGAAUACCGACAGAAUAGCAGAGAUGGUGGCUGGUAAUCUAAUGCCACAUCCCGCAGAGAUACUUGCGGCUACUAUCGGCAUAACCUUCGUCGGAGGAAAGAACCAGCCCCUCCGCGUAUUCCCCAAGCAAGUAGAAGUGAGCCGGUUCCGCGUACAUGACGCCCUUCUAUGGUUGAAGGAAAACAACCCACUGUAUGCAAAUAUCACCAUCAGCGCGGAAACCCUUCAGCAAUUACCCGAAAGCGGCGUACCGGACGAGAUUAGAACCAACGUUCGCUAUUCUGAAAACAUCGAUGCCGUCCAGCGAGAGCACCAGAACUACGUGCCCCCUGAGCACGAGGUCGAGGGCGACUACGACUUCGAGGGGCUGGACGAGGGGGAGAUUUUUGAGAGAGGACCCAACGACGGGCGAAGACAUCAAGCAAUUGUCGAGGACGGGGAAUCGACCGACGAAGAAGAUUACGAUCCAGAAGUGAUACCGCUUCAGAACAGUAGCGUCCUGGAUACAACUGGAGACGAGAUCCCCGAUAUCGAGCUGUUCCAGCACGCAACCGCAAACGUGGCCGGGCACGUUGGGCCCGCUGAUUAUCUUGUCCGCAAAAGUCAUGGAUACGUCAACGAAUAUGGCCGCGAAGAUGCAGAAGGGAAUCCCAUCGACGGCGGACCCGAAAACCCCAAUCAUCUGUUGGGAGCAUUCCCGACACUUUUCCCCUAUGGCCGCGGAGGUGUCGAAGUCGAUCGCGAGACCAAAGUACCAUACGAGACUCAUAUUCGAUGGGCGCUUCAGUAUGAUGACGGUCGCUUCAGGAAGGACAUAUACUUUAUGUUUCAAGCGUUUGGCGUUAUCCAGAAACGACAAAUAUGUCGCGCGGCAUGUCUGCAAGUCAAGCGCAGUUCAUUCGCAGUCCAUAAACUCGCCUUUCAACUGAUGACUCCUGGGGACCUCAUGAAGGCGAGUGAGGAAGAAGCCAAGAACAAACCGAUCUCGAACCCAGUCAUAAAGUCGCUGCGCAAACAACUAACAUCUGUCCGCGCCAAAGUGGACGGAACGGACGAGAGUCGAGUGGCUAUCCGCGCACAAAUAUGGGGUUUAACUCUCCGAUUUAACCCGCCUACUAUUUGGGCGACCCUCAAUCUAUCUGACAUCGGCGACCCGGUCGCGCAGGACGAAAACAAGUUAUUGUUGCAACGCUGCGCCAACACUCUCAGUCGACGUCACGAACUUAGUGGCCCGGAGGUCGUGAGCUACCUGAUGAAUUGGGGGGAUCGCUAUAUCUCUCACCAAUUUACGGUGGUUUAUUGGGACGAAGUAACAUGGGCCAUCCGCACGUCGUACCCUGGUAUCAGCGUGGCGAGGCAGAUGGACGACCCGCCGCAUCAUGAAUUAGCGGAAGGCGAACCUAUAGCGGAGCCGCCCGCACGCGUGCAGUUCGUGGAUGGAAAGCUCGAAAUCAAAGACCAACUCAAGGAUUACACGGACCGCGGGAGGGAGUUGGACGAGAUGAAUAUGUAUGACUACUUCACUCUCACGUACCACGGCGAGGAACUGCGAGGGCCAGAUCUAACGCCAGAUGAAGAGGAAGACACUUUGGUCAAGGCGAGGACGACGUCCCUAAUCGUCGCGUCGCUUAUUUGGCUACCUCUAACCGUACUGGCUGCAGGGUCUUCCGAGGAGAGCAAGCGGAGAACGUCCUACAUCUCAUGGGCAAGUGGAUCCCCAGCGCCAGAGACGCUAACUAUGCGCGAUUUGCAGGGAACCCACGACUCAAUAGAACAAGCACUAACCGACUUCAUGUCGGGCGCCACACGCGAACAGCGUAGAAUUGUCGAGAACCUCCAGUACUAUCACGAGUGCGGCGACAGCGCCAAGGCCCGGCGCGAACAAGAGGAUGCGCUGAGGAGUCGAUCUGGCAACCAUGACGGGACUGGCGCGGUGGACAUCGCCUCUGCAGGCAUGUCCAACCUAAAUUUCACAGAGGCGGACGUGGAAACGGCACGUGUGCCAACCGAUAUGCCAUACGAGAAGUGUUGUAUGGGCAACGCGCACUUACCAUCGCACGAGACCGCGGGAUAUUCCAAGAAACGGCGACGGUGCCAUCGGCUGCUCGCCAGGGAGUAA